AUGUUAGAGAAGGGCACUCUAGCAGCUUACUGGCGUGACCAGAGUGGAACCAUUUUUAAUGUACAACAUCUCUCCCGCCAGUGUCGUCAGUUGGUGGCGGUGUGUGAUGAGAUUCUGUACUGCAGUCCAGAGGCACUCCUUACCCACACUGCCCAGCUGGAGAGGGUUGACCUGGUGCCUGUCUUCGAUGGCGAUCACCUGUCACCCGCUGACUUCUGUGACAAGAUAUUAGCUGGGGACGAGGUGAUCCAAGUCAAUGACCAAAUAGUGGUUGGCUGGAGCAGGAAUAACCUGUUGAAGAAACUACAGGAGAACCCCAGUGGGGUGACCCUGGUCCUCACGAAGGUCCCCGUGUCCCUGAAUCGCAAAGACACACCCCAACAGCCCCCCUGCCAAAAGGAAGACGAAGAGGAAGAGGAGGAAGAGCGCAAUCAGAGAUUCUCCGUAUUGGAGAGAGUUGCAGCCUCGGUCAGGUCACUUUCAUUCAGGACAGCGGUUCAGGGGCCAGUGGUGAGCCAACACAUGGGCCAGGAGGAGUCGGAGCUGUCCAAUGACAGGGGAUUGGACAGCAGCCUGACAUACACCUCACACCCCCACCACCAGGGGGAGSUCUCAUACCUGUCUGCAGGAGACACCAAUAGUUUGAAGGGGUCCAGGUUCAGCCCCAGGCCCAGGGGAGAGGGCUCUGCGCCCCCCAGUAGUCCGUCCCCCCGGGUACUAGAGCUAGCCAGAGCUAGCGUCAGUUCCUGCCCUGAGAUGGGRGUACACGGGGAGGAUAAAGAACCAAAAAAGAUGUCUACAAAAGGCAAGAGUACAGCGACGAGCAGGCGGCGUGUGUCGUGUCGUGAGCUGGUUCAGCCCGACUGUGACGGCUGGCUGUGGAAGAAGAGGAAGGAGAGCAGCGUGUUCAUGACCCAGAAAUGGCAGCGCUUCUGGUUCGUCCUCAAGGGCCCCACUCUCUACUGGUAUACCAGCCAGCAGGAGGAGAAAGCAGAGGGCCUGGUUCAUAUCUCCAGCUACAACAUAGAGAGUGCAGGAGAACACAAGAGGAAGUAUGUCUUCCAAAUGUGCCACCAGCGCUUCCAGACUUUCUUCUUUGCCGCCGAGAAUGUCAAUGACAUGACCAAAUGGAUCAACUGUCUGAUCACAGCCAUACAGAAACACAAGAAGUUCCACAAAGGACCACCGGACAACGAAGAGGAGUGUUACAGUGAGACGGAGUCAGAAGAUGAGGGGUCUUCUCCUUCACCACGCAGAAACAAGAUCUACACGAAAACUCUGUCCAACACACUGCUCGGGCCAGGAAAGAGAAAGAGAAGAGCUCCAGAGGAUGAGAUGGACGUGUUGUUCCACGGACUGAAGGAGGGCGGCGUGUCCCUGAUCGGCAGCAAGCAGCCACAGACCCAAGACCACUUCCGAAAGUCCUUCAUCCGGCGCAACAAGAACCCYGUCAUCAAUGAGAAYGCCCACACGCUCCGCGCGCUGCAGAGCACACUCAAGGAUAAAGAGGCAGAGCUCCAAACUCAUCAACAAGGUG